GCUCGCAGCGCUAGGUGUUAGCCCGGCGCCAGCAGCUGUCCUCGGUGUGAUUAGCAAAGACGCACCGGCUCGGCUCGUCCCUCCUCCCGGUGCUGUUCGGACGGAUCUGACUGCUGAGACUCCCGCAGACACGGACGCGGCGCAUAGAAGCGACACACAGUACAGACGUCCGAUUACCCAACAACUGAAGAUGAUUAAGCUCUUUUCCCUGAAGCAGCAGAAGAAAGACGAGGAAUCUGCUGGAGGAAACAGGAGCGGAUCCGGGGGGAAGAAAGCCAGCGCGGCCCAGCUGCGGAUACAGAAAGACAUCAAUGAGUUGAACCUGCCAAAGACGUGUGAGAUCAACUUCCCCGAUGACGAUGACCUCCUCAACUUCAGACUCAUCAUCUCACCAGACGAGGGCUUUUACAAAGGAGGAAAGUUUGUCUUCAGCUUUAAGGUAGGACAGGGUUACCCCCACGACCCCCCCAAGGUAAAGUGUGAGACGAUGGUGUACCACCCCAACAUCGACCUGGAGGGAAACGUCUGCCUAAAUAUCUUAAGAGAGGACUGGAAGCCGGUGCUGACAAUAAACUCCAUCAUCUACGGUCUACAGUAUCUAUUUCUAGAGCCGAACCCCGAGGAUCCUUUGAACAAGGAGGCAGCGGAGGUUUUGCAGACGAACCGGCGGCUCUUUGAGCAGAACGUCCAUCGCUCUCUGCGAGGCGGCUAUGUGGGCGCCACCUACUUCGAGAGGUGUCUUAAAUAACUCGGCGUCCCAUGAUCCUCCAGCUCCCUCACUCCUCACCUCCUCCUCCUCCUCCUCCUCCUCCUCACCCCCCCCUCCCCACUCCCCCCGUUACUCCUCAGUCCUGCUCGUUGGCAGAAGCAGCGACAGAAAGCAGCACGCCAGAAGACGCUUUUCUGUUUUAAAACAAAAGAAGAAGACAAAGAAACACCCCCUCCCCUCCCCUCCUCUCCCCUCUUCCUCCCUUUUCUCCCCCUCCUCCCCCAUAUUUCUCUGUUUUACUUCCAAGACGCAGAAUUCUACCGUUUACACGCCACCGGGGGACGCCGACACACACCUGACUGGACUCGAAAACAUGGCCAACGGCGAGCGGUGGCCGAGGGUGAAGAUGGAGGACGGGGGAGGGGGGGGGGGGGGAGGUUUGGGUGAUCAGUGAAUGUUGCUCUGAUGAGUCGAUUAUUUGGUGAACGCCACAACGCUGAUGAUGAUGAUGAUGAUGAUGAUGAUGAUGAUGGUGAUGAUGAUGAUGAUGAUGAUGAUACCUACAUGAUUUUUUUUGUUUUUGUUUGAUUUUUGUUUUUAUUUUUUUUUUUAGCGUGUGUGGCAAAGACACCUGCCGGCGGUCAGGUGGUCAGAAGGACACGCCCCCUCCCGCUCACCACUGUUUGUUUGUUACGAACACGCCAGCCGGCAGCAAACUCCAAACUCACAAACCACGUUCGAUCCGUCCGCUCAGGACUUUUGUGCAGAGCAUCUUCGGCUAUAGAGCUGGUUGCCCCGGCAACCUUACAGCGGCUUAGCGCUGGUUGCCCUGGCAACCUCAUAGUAACGGCAAGACUUCUGAAAGUCACUGCCCCCGGCGGUUGUUUGCUAAAAAAAAUAAAUUGUAGCAUAAAACCUGCGGUGACUCCAUAGCUGUUGCCAUAACAACCUCCGCACUUGUGGGAGGGGCCUGUCAGAAUGGGGGGGGCUUGUUAGACCCAAUAGGAGCAGAACCGCCUUAAAAAGUUCCUCAAAGAAAGCAGUGUUUUCAGCCUCUGUAGGAGGGAAGAGCUUGUGAGUUGAUGGGGGAGGAGCUUAUCAGAAUGGGAGGGGCCUAUAAGUCACAGUAGGAGGAGCUUGUGAGCGAUGAUGGGAGCAGACGCGCCUUAAAAAAAUAUCCCAAAGCAAGAGGUCGAGUUUUCAGCCUUCUUUUACUCCACAGCUAGAGGUGUGACGGAGUCUACGCUGGGAGGAGGAGCUUGUGGGUCGUGGUGGGAGGAGCCUAUGAGUCAGGGUGGGAGCUACGGGUGGAGCAGAAGCGCCUUAAAAAGUUCCUCAAAACAAAAUGUCAACACCGAGUUUUCCUCAAAAUACGACUCUGAAAGUAAGUUGAAACUGUCUGCAGGAGGUCACAUGACGCUGCUCAGGUGUGACAGUUGAACGGGGUUGAGCGGGAAUUUUUUUUUUUUUUUUUUUUUUUUGCUUGUUUUUGUUCGCUAAUCUUGUCAUUUUAGCAACAAGAACACGGCAAACAGUUUGGAGUUUGCUGCUAGAACACACAAACACACAUAAAUACACUCAGCGUCAGAGGGGCGGGGCGUCGUGCCAGA